UUUGGACGCUCGUGGAUGCAUCUAGCACGCGGCGCGGGCGUUCGUCGCGUGAUUUUCGCGAUCUCGGGCCGGGUGUACGACGCGACAGACUACCUCGACCUGCACCCGGGCUUGCCCGACUUCCUGCUGUCGGCGGCGGGGACCGACGCCACCGAGGUCUUUGCCUUAGCGGGCCACUCCCGCAACGCACGCACCAUCCUGCAAGAGUUUUGGAGACCACAGCUCGACCCCUUCUUCCCGGGCACGGUGGCAGCGGGCGCGCAGGCGGGCGCGGGCCCCGGCUCGACCGAGGAGGAGGAGAGCGCGUGGCGCGUGCUGAGGCUCCUCCUCGGCGACACACGCGGCCGGCGGCGCCUCACCGACGCAAUCGGCUCGCUGCUGCGGGCGUGGGUAGUAGACAUGGAGAGGAGCGGCCGCGACCACCCGCCGGCGCCUCUGGAGCCGCAGGCGGACGCCGCCGAGGGCGCGCCCUCUGCGGGCGUCACGCGCUUCGUCCCCCUCGUCUGGCGACUCUCAUGGGCCGAACUGACCGCGGCGGCGGGCGUGCUGGAGCAACAGCCAGUGGGCGUAGCACGGCUCGCCACGUUGCGACCCCAUGCCACCAGUGCGGGCCUUGCUCUGAGCGGCUGCGAGGGUGCCCCUACUGCCGCGAGCCGGUGGUGAUGUGGACCGGGUUCCUCCGGCCCUCUGUUUGGAUGCUCUACUAACGAUUCGUUUGCGGGGUGGGUAACAUCAAACACUCUCGCAACGCAGCACUCACGUGCAACGUUACUCUCAAUUUUUGCUUUGUUAAGAAGGACGCCGCG